AUGCUGAGGGCCGACAGCGAUAUUCGAUAUGGCAUGAUAACAUCUCGUUGUGGCGCGUCUGGAUCAACCAGUGCGGAAGGCCGCCUGUGUGUUGAUGCUCCUCCAUGCUCGUAUCUUGCCAGUAUCCUCCCAUACUCAUAUUCCUCCUUGUUUGCAUCCUCCCGUGCCCAUACCCUCAAGGAGCCUGGCUCUGGCGACGACCGUCAUCCACCCGGCGGUAGAUCCCAGAUCGUCUUUGGCAACUACAACGACCGGACGGGCUCCACGUACGCCUCGAUGACUUCGAAGAUGGCAUCCACAGGCUCCUUGUCCAGCAACAGCUCGCUCUACAGCUCCCCGGCGAGAAUCCGCUCCCAGCCUCCGUCGGAUAUCUUCCACCAGAAUCCCGUUCCUGGCGCCGAUGGCUCCGGUGCGGGCCCCAGCGUCCUUCCGACACGCAAGAACAGAAACUCUUCCACGAUCUUCCUGGGCGACAGCGCCCAGCCUGCCAUGCAUCCCUCGCGCAGGAACUACAUGGCUUCAGACAUCUUUUGGUCCAGCUCGGAGGAGCAGACAAAGCCCUCAGCCCCACAGCGACGCGGCGGCAGAAUGGUCCCGUCGCUCUCUGCCUCGGACGAGAGCCUCUAUGUCCCGUCGCCUUCCUCAGCCCACAGACGAAAGGCUGCACCGGUAGGAUCAGGCUCCGGCGCGCUGCAUGAUGCCGUAUCCAGGACUGGCUCCUUCUCCAACGUUCUCGGCGACGAUGCCCAUCAGCUCGACGAAAUGGAUGCCCGGGAGCACAUUGGGCGAAACCCAUCGUCUCCCAUGGCCGAUCAACCCGCAGCCAUGAUUGCACAGGAAGGCGGACCAUGGACGCAUGGUGUGCGCGGCGCCGAGCCGGCUCAUGAGCUGGGAGGAUACAGCGAGCCGAAUCCAGGCUGUCGAGACGACGUUCUGUUGCAUGGUGCCCGCGAGAGCGAUUCGUUCGAGUCCGCUGGCUCCCGCUCUGGUGCUGGCGCCGAUUUCGGCCUGGCCGAAGGGCCAAGGGUCGAGGGCGGCCUCGUCAUGGCAUCCGGCGGCAGCGGCACCCCAGCCCAGCGCUUCCAGCAGCAGCACUAUCGGCCCACGGAUAUCUUCAACCAGCGUCCGCCCUCGAUCUCCGAGCCCAGUGCGUUCGUCCCACGCGGCAGCCGCCGCCAUUUUGAUCAACCCGCCUCAAACAGCAUCUUCAACGAUGACGGCGGGCUGAGUCUGGUCGCCAGUGGCCGGUCUCUGACCCCGCGCUCUCGCCAGAGCGAUGCCAUGUAUUCGACCGAUAGCCCGUUCGACACGGCGGCAUCGUACUCGCGCCCGACAAACGGCGAGGCCGCCGGAUUGGCCUCUUCGGACAUUAACCGAAAGAAGCACGGCCGCGCUCGCAAUGCACAUCCAACCCACCAGCAGCAUCCCUCGAGCAUCUUCUAGUCACGGGAAGGAGUGCCAUGUUCGACACGAUUGAUGGAGAAAGCUGCUGGGACAGAUCAAGAGGGGUCUGCAAACCGAAACAGAAGUCGACUUGUCUCGGAGAGAUGGAGAGAGAGAUGGAGAGAUGGAGAGAUGGAGAGAUGGAGAGAUGGAGAGAUGGAGAGAUGGAGAGAUGGAGAGAUGGAGAGAUGGUGAUCGUUGAUAUUGUCGUGGGCAGGGGGGGAAGAACAGGCAUCCUUUCAUUUUAUUCGUUGCAAACGCACUCGCCAAACAAAAAGGAGCCACCCUGUUUUGGUUUUUCAAUACAGUAAAUUGGCCGUUCGCUCUCGACAGCCAU